GUCGAUAUGUUGAAGUUCGGGAAAUAUUUUUGGAUCGCAUUUCUUGUAAGCAAUCUCUAUGGCGAAUCCAUGUCAAAGGAUACUUGUUCCUUUUGUGUACUAAAGGAUGCACCAAGUCAGUGUGCUACAUUUUGCCUUUCGGCACUGCAUCCGUUGUUUGAUCACAAUACUAAGUAUCAGCACAAGAUGAACAAUCUUGCUGACACUCUGUCUAACAGCAACGCGAAAUUGGACAAGAUCGAAGGUCAAAUGCAGUCCCUACAGAACUCUGUGGAAACACUAAAAACAUCUAUGGAGGAAAUAUUACACAAGAUUAACAAUCACACCUGUGACUCACGGCUAGAGGAAAACCAAUUAACUGACAGUCACAAAACUGUUUCCGGAACCAAUGAUAAAAUCAUUUUGCCGGUCUUCAAGCAAAUCGGGUCGAGAUCCUUCUAUAUCGAGAGAAGAGUUACACAAGAUUGGACCACUGCUGAAAAGACUUGCCGUCAAAAGGGAGGUCACCUUGCAUCAAUAAAAAAUGAAGAAGAGUUUACUGCCAUCACCGGGAAACUGGAUCAAUCUUGGUACUGGAUAGGCAUAAACGAUCGGGAAAAAGAGGGCGAGUACGUAUCUGUAGCAUCCGGAAAACCAGCACCAUUUCUAAAAUGGGGUUGGUUCAGAUACAGCAACGGAAACGUUAGGGACUGCGUAAGGUUGUCCAAAAACGGACUUUUGGAUUCUUUUUGUAACGAAACUUAUUUUUUCAUUUGCCAGCAAGACAAUGAAAUAUAGUUACAAACUAAAAAUACAUUUGUUCUGCCAUAAUUUUCUGGAAUAUUUUUUAAACAUAU